CGGUCACGUAAGGUAGGCAUCAACAACAGAGAGCGAGUAUACGGACAGGCAAGGUGUCGUGUCGCGUGAGAGCCGCCCGCACACUAACCGCAUGCUUCACCUCGGAUCACAGCUCGAGUCUUUUUUGGCCGUGUGUUCCUUUUUCGCCAUGCUUUCCCGAGCAGGAUGUCUUCCGAGGCUGGCAUGGACCGGCUGCCGAAGAAUGGGGAAUCUGACAUCGUCCACCACCGGGGCUCUAUCCAGCACCGCCUGUAUGCAGUAUGUUCAGGAGAUGGUGUCACAGAACUGCGUAGUGAUCUUUUCCAAGACCACGUGUCCUUAUUGUAGGAUGGCCAAAAAUGUGUUCAACGAGAUUGGAGCAACUUACAAGGUAGUUGAGCUGGAUGAGCACAAUGACGGGAGGAGACUGCAGGAGGCCUUAGCUCAGAUAACAGGAGCCAGAACGGUGCCGAGAGUCUUUAUCAACGGGAACUGCAUCGGAGGCGGCUCUGACACCAAACAGCUCCAUCAGCAGGGGAAGCUGCUGCCCCUGAUCGAGCAGUGUGCCCCUUGCUGUGCCGGCAGUGGCUCUGAAGGCUCCGGCAGUGGACAGUUCGCUAAAUGACUAACCGUUCUUGUUUUUGUUCUCAAUCCCAUAUUUAUUAAAUGUUUGCUCGAGCUUGUGCUACAAGGAGUGCACUGCUUGAAUGUAACUAUGUUAUUUAUUUAUCAAAGUGUAGUAGGUACUUGAUGGAUACUUUUUUUUUGUCUUCCACCUCCCAGGAAUGUACAUUAGUAUCACUGUUAUUAUUGUCAUUAAAGCUGCCAUUGUUGAGCAAAACUGCACAGUGGAAUGACGAGGUCUGGAAAAAAAGAAAGCAUUCAUUCCUGAACUGUGCACGUCACAUCAAGGCAGAAAAUACUUUUCUACAAUAAGCAAGAUGUCUGAUACUUUUACAAAUGAAUGGGUGUUUAACACAAAGCAAUGCAUGCAUUUAUGUAGGAAAUUUGGGUUCUUGAAUCACAAUAUAUACAAGACAAGCCUUUUUUUCUGGGCAUUUCAUGAAUGAUUUGAUAUUGAGAUUCGAUGCUGUGAUUAUGAACUGACAGGGAUUUUAUCUGUGUCUUCUGCUACAAGUAUGUAUAUGUAUUUUUAAUAAAUAUAAAUAAAAGACCGUUA